AUGGGUGUUAGAGGAAGGAAUCUGCAACUUGGUAAAUCUCGAGAGUUACUUAUGGAAGACAAUGAUUUAGGGGAAUUGCCCACUUUCAAGAAUUUGACAGAGUUGGACGUAAGCUCCAGUACUUUCAGCAAUAAAUCUCUUCAAAUGCUUGGGAGCAUGACUUCUCUUGAGACUCUAUACCUGGAUGAUUGUAAUCUUCCAAGCACAUUACUUGAGCAAGAGUUGCCUUCAUUCAAGAAUUUGAUAGAAUUAACUAUCCGGAACACUGUUUUUCACAACAACUUUCUUCAAAUGAUUGGAGCUAUGACUUCUCUUCAGUCAAUUGGUAUUUAUGGAAGUAACCUCAACGACACUUUAUUUGACCAAGAAUUGCCCACUUUCAAGAAUUUGACAGAAGUUGGGUAG